ACAAACCAACCUCCCUUCCAUUAUCUCCAUCUACACUUCAUACAGUGUCGGAAAGGCCACUAACAUAAUCAAAAACCAGUCCCGACCUGGUCACUCCCUCUUCUUCCCUCUCCCAUCAGGCAAGAGGUACAGAAAGCGCACACCUGGCAAGCAGGCCCGAUUAGCCUGCCAUGGACCAACCUCAGGACUUGCCCGGUAGGCCCGGCUCGCCUGCAGCGGGACCAGAAACCCACCCGACGGCUCGUGAACGGUGGCACCUUGCCCGAAGGCUCGUCAGUACCGGGAGGGAGCUGGAGAGGUCGGACGCCAGGUGUGAACCGAGGUAAUGCCUCCAGCACCUUCAGGUAGGCUGCAGGAGGUGCCCCAGGGACACAGAGGUGGCCGGACAAGGAGUGGACAGGGACUUUGGUUCGCCAGAACUGCUCCACUCACUCAAGUGGACGUCUGACACGAAGGCAAAGUAUAAGCUAUUAAAAUGGAUAUCGCCCCGCUGUCAUUCUUACCUAUUUGUGAGAUGUUGAAAAGUAUAACUUCAUAGCAGUGACAUACUCAGAUAAUUUCAUUCGGAAAAAACCCCUUUCGAUUCAGCUGUAUUUCAUGGAAGCCCACAAAGAAAGACCUCGUGGACACUGAGUUGCCAAUAAAAGCAGGUCCCAAAAUGUUAAAGAUAGAUUCCAGGAUGACUUCUAAUGUGUAGCUCUGCCUAAACGCUUCAAAUCGAUACUGUGUCAGCAAACAUAUUGUAAAUAUAAAUAAUACUCAUUAAUCAUAUAUUUAACGUGUAUAGAUAGGUCCAAUCUAACAAAACAAAAUGCAAUGAUAUACCAGGUUAUUACGUCAGAGCAGCGUGUCCCGCAGAUUACAGUUACUCUAAACUAUUCUAACAGACUUCGGAAAACAACAUUCUCAAUUAUAGGAAUAAAAAUAGUAAAAUAAUUGCUGUUCAAAAAUGUAGAAUAAAGUAACAUCGAUUCCAGAGGAGGCCCGUCUGUAUUAUGACAAGUCCUCACUUUGCAUUCCAAUAUAACGAAUGAAAACACGUAUAACAACGUAAUUGUCACACAACGGUAUGUAAGUUUUUGAAAGGAACAUAUAGCAACUAAGAACUGACGAAAUGAGUCUGUUUGACAGUGAGGCUGGCACCAAAGGUUAUCUUUCUCGGGCCCAGUCGAGUGUGAAUCUUUGCAACGCCCGGCUGCUCUGAAAUGACAUACAUUAGCGUUAAUAGUUAGUGCUCCCGAUGGAGCGGACGUGUUACAUUGAAGCGCCUUUGCCUUUCUGUGUACAGUACAUGUAUGUGGAAGCUAGAGAUGCGACAGAACAAGACGCGGGAGGGAUUACAAAUAGGCUCGGUGCGCAGUCUCGCUCGCAUUCGCAAUGCAUUCAGUGGCAGCGAGAGAGAGACUUCUUGUGAUUCCACAACCGCCCCCGAGAGGAGAAAACACGCGGACGUACGUCUCCUCCCUCCUCCCUCCUCCUCCCCCCACCCCCCACCGUGAGUAAAUGUAUUGCUGCUCAAGACAAAUAAUGUUAAUUGUCAGUUGCUGAGCAAUUUGCCGUAGAAAUAAGAGGCUGCUUUUGAAAGAAAUUAUGAUUCAUUUUAUAGGCUUCUCGCCGCAAAUGAUUCCGGCCGUAACCCGGGACCGGCUGGAUUGUGUAGAUGCCUUAGUUUAACGCGAGUGAGCCCCGGGUGAGGCCGGACGCGGCCGGCAUCUGUCUCCAUGUCGCGGCUAGACGCUCCCUCCACCAUGACCCUCCACGGCUGAUCCCACGCUCGCAAUCUAUGGCGAACAACAGCCAUGCGGGGCCUGAAGGCAGCGACAAUCUGAGCCACAGCUCGUCUCCUCUCGCCACCUUCAUCAUGCUCACCUCGCUCGGCUUCAUCAUCGGGGUCGGCGUCCUCGGCAACCUUCUCAUCUCCUUCCUCCUGGUCAAAGACAAGAGCCUACACCGGGCUCCCUACUACUUCUUGCUGGAUCUGUGCUCCUCCGACAUUAUCCGCUCGGCCGUCUGCUUCCCCUUUGUCUUCCUCUCGGUCAGGAACGGCUCGGCCUGGUCUUACGGGGCCUUAAGCUGCAAAGUGAUCGCUUUUGUUGGGGUCCUCUCCUGUUUCCACGCCGUCUUCAUGCUCUUCUGUGUGAGUGUCACCCGCUACAUUGCCAUCGCCCACCACCGCUUCUACUCCAAGCGCUUGACCUUCUGGACCUGCCUGGCCAUCAUCUGCAUGGUGUGGACCCUCUCGGUGGCCAUGGCUUUCCCGCCCGUCUUUGAUGUGGGGACCUACACCUUCAUCCGUGAGGAAGCGCAGUGUACCUUCGAGCACAGGUACUUCAAAGUGAACGACUCGCUGGGUUUCAUGCUCAUGUUCGUGGUCAUUGUCCUGGCCACUCACAUCGUCUAUCUCAAGUUGAUCUUCUUUGUGUAUGACCGGCGCAAGAUGAAGCCGGUGCAGCUGGUGCCAGCGGUCAGUCAGAACUGGACCUUCCACGGCCCCGGAGCCACCGGUCAAGCCGCUGCCAACUGGAUCGCCGGCUUUGGCCGCGGCCCCACCCCACCCACACUGCUGGGAAUCAGACAGAACCCACAGGGCCAGACCACACGGAGGCGGCUGCUCGUCAUGGAUGAGUUCAAGACGGAGAAAAGAAUUGGCAGGAUGUUCUACCUGAUCACCUUCUGCUUCGUGGCUCUAUGGUGCCCAUACCUGGUGGCAUGUUACUGGCGAGUCUUUGUCAAAGGUCCCGCCGUUCCCCGUGGCUACAUGACGGCCGCCGUGUGGAUGACUUUUGCCCAAGCCGGGGUCAAUCCGUUCAUCUGUAUCUUCUCCAACAGGGAGCUCAGGCGUUGUUUCAGCAACAACAUCCUUUACUGUCGAAAGUCCAGGUUACCGAGGGAACCUUACUGCGUUAUAUGAGCACCUGAGACUCAAAUGGACGGAAAUUUGUUUUACCCGAGUUUUAUCAAGCAACAUAAAACAGUAAUUGUCGGGGCCAGCGGCUCUGGCCUUGUGUUCUGGCGAGGGCGAGUUACAAAGAAUGACCAUAACCUUUGCAGAAUGUUCUUUAAUUUAUUUUCUCUAUCUCUGUGUUAAUGUUCAACGUAUUUCAAUACAGUUUACCUAAACAAAAUAAUACUAUUAUCAUGUCAUCUGCACGUUAAUUUAUACCAAGUUUUGUUUUUGAAAUAACCAAUGCAGAAAUCAUCUAAUCUUAGAAUAUAUAUUGACUCAUUUUAUAUAUAUUUUUUAAAGAUGUUUACAUUCAUUGAGCAGAUGAAACAUGUUUACAUUAUUUGACUUCAUUAAAAGUGACAAUAACUUCAUCAAUUGACUGGUGGGCAUGCAUGGCCGGGUAAAUGUUUGAAAAUGUACAAAUAAUUCCCUCAUCUCUUUAAAUCUACACUGAACCCAAACUUGUACAAGGUACAGGCACCCUGUCCAAGGCCUGUAAUUACAUUACAUAUAUUGUUAGACUGUGGUCUUGCCCACAGCAGAACAAGUUGGUUUCAAACUUUGCACAAUCUGUGAAAUAUUUAUUCUGUGGAUGCAUAUUGUUUACAAGAUUUUUUCUUUCCAAUUGUUCAGUUCUGUUGUUUGUGUUUCACUGUGAUAUUGUUCUAUAACCAUUUUCUCUCACAAGGUGAUACGGCUUGUACCAUUUCCUUACUGUUGGGGUGGGGGGAGGGGUGGAAUGUGUGUGAAUUGAAGUAAAUCGCAUCCAGCAAAAUCAUCAACACUUUGGAAAUAAAAUGUACAUCAUAUUUACAGUUAUCAAUUCGCAGAAGUCCAACUGCUCUUUCUUGAAGAUAAUUGUUUUUGCAAAUAUGCACAGAAUUUCAACAUUAUGAUUCUUUAUAAGUUUGAAAGAGUCAACAUCUGACAGAGUAAAUGAAUAAUUGAUGGAAACCACAAGAUUGAUUGAAGGCGUAACACCAAAGAAUUCCUGGGCACUUUAUUGUCAUUUUCAAAUGUGUAACAUACUUUGUACUUAUCCUGUAGAUGAAUAUAAAAUAAUUUAUCAAGGAAAAAUCAGAGAGAAAAUUGUGAAAUAGCUUAUGGAUGUUGUAUGUGUAACAGCAAUUGUGAAACUAAUGAAAUUAGUGUCACUUACAGAGCCAUAUAAUUAUUGAUCUUUCAAUGGAGAAUGUUUAGGUUUUUCAUUCUUUAUUUCAUCUAUCAGAUUGUCUGCUUCUUUCUUAAUAUCAUUCUGGUUUCUUAUUUUAAUUUACCUUUUUUACAUUUUCUUCUUUUUAACUUGCUUUGAAACAUUUUUCAUUCAUUUUCUCAUUUCUACUUUGUUCUGCAUGCAUGUAAACAUUUUAUAUUCCUUCAUAAUAUGUUUAAAUUCCUAUUUCUAUUUUAAAACCCUGCUUUGUGCACUAGUUUUACGCCUUUCUAUAAAAACUAAUCAGUAAAAUUGGAUGCCUUUAUUCUUAAUGUCAUUUAUGUAACUAUUUUUCAGGAAACAUCAAGCUAUCACAGCUACUGAGGGCUCCAGUGAAUAACAAAAACUUCACCUACAAUUAAAAAAACCCAAUACUAAAUGUAAUUCAAAUAAAUUGCCUUUAUAUCAAAUUUUCUUCAUUUCCCAGUCAAACUGGACAGUCUGGAUAUGGUCAUGCAGUAAUAAUUAUUUGUAUCACUAUGGUGGCAGAGUGGAAGAGGGGGAUAGUUCUGGUCUUGGCUGCAUCCUAGCUUGCUGGGUUCUGAGUUGCUUAUCUCAGGUAGGUUGCCACAGCACCAAAGAAGGAAAGGGAAAAUCUAAAACCGUAAUUAACAGCAGUGAGUGGAAUCCAAGUCCUGACAAAGUCAUUGUCAGUAGCCAAUGUUAAUUACUAAAAUAUUUGAAACUUUAACUUUCUGAAAGCAGCUUUGAAAAAGAGCUUAGACAGCAAAGAAGCUGUGGAAACAUUUCCCUUGUUUUAAUGAAAUGCACUAUAGUCCAAAUGUCUGUUAGGCGAGUUGUUAGUUUACUGUCAGCAUUAUAAGUUAAGUAUCAUGCCCUUUCAGAGACCUGAGCACAUUGAUCCAAUUAGAUAUAGAUACACAAGUAUCUGCAGAUUGUUACAUUUUUUUGAAAAGGUUUGCUGGGGUUAGAGAAUAAUUGAAUACAGCUUUCCAUGUCAGCUGGAAACUCUUUUAUUGAAUUUAGCACAUGGGUAGUAAAAAGUCAUUUAACUCUUACUUAAUUCACAAGUAGCAACUUAAGCUGCAUUUACAAUUUAAAGAUAGAACGCAAUGUUUUCUUUUUCAAUUAUGAGUUAAAUGUUGUUGGAUUUGAUUGCCAUACAAUUACUUUUCUUGUCUUGGACAAAGCCCAGGAAGCAGGCCUUGAUAUUUCACUGAUAAUGUGAAGGCAAAAAUGGCAGAUUAUAUGGAUGCUGCCUGUGGCCUGACAUACACUUUAUAUUUUAUGGUAUAUUGUGAUCACAAUUAAUUAUCAACAGUUAUGAAUUAUUCCUUCAUGAAAACAGUUCAUCACUGUAAUUCUUAGUCGACACCUUUCAAUCAUCACAACAUGACAAAUUACAUUGUUUUACUUUUUACUGUAAGGCGCUGGAGCGGAAAUUGCUGCUGAUAGAUCAUCUAAUGAAUACCAGGGCCACUGUGGCUGCAAAUAAAUAAUUCAGAAUGCAACCUUUAAACCCUGCUCAACAAAUAAUUUUUAAAUCCUUUGUUCAUGAUAUCAACAUGUGUUUUCAAAAAGUGCUGUAAAAUAUGAAGAUAUUUUAAUGUUUUUUACAUCUGUAUUUUAUGUUUUCUUUCAGGAAAAUAAAAAUAGAAAAUGCUGGAAAUAAUCAGCACGUGUGAAUGGUGUAACAGAGAAUGUUUUUGAUAAAUUGUACUGUAACAAAACCAGGAAUAGUUAGAGAUACACAGGUUUUAAGAUGUGGAAAAGGGAGGAAACAGAGAGAAUUGGUUCUCCGCCCUUGGAUUUCUGUCUAUUUCUUUCACUUGGUUCCAUUUGUGGUUUGUCUGUGAUCAGUUAUUUACCAAAACCUACCUUCACAGCUACAUCUCAUGUGCAAGGAUUAGAGGGAUAUGGAUCAUGUACAGGCAGAUGAGAUCAGUUUAACUUGGCAUUGUGUUCAGCAAAGACAUUAUGCACCAAAGAGCCUGUUCCUGUGUUCUAUCUCCAACUCAGAUUUAGCCAAUUGAAUUCCAACAAUAGACAUCUACAAUAUAUUCAUUGUUUCUUACAUGUUGUUGUCCAAACCUCCUGAAGUGCAUGUUUCAUGCAUGGUCUUGGCAUCCCUUUGAUACACAUUGGCUCUCCCUUUCUCACAGCUGUCCUUAUCUGUCAUCUUGUGGCAAUGUGCUUUACCAAACAUCCUCUCCCUUGCUGCUCUCUAUAUCAAGAGCCUGUGUAUCUGCAGCUAUUCUCGGUUGAUAUUAAAGGUCAUUAAACUAAAACAUUCGCUAUUGUUUCUUUAAGAAAAACAGUUCUCAUCAGAGGUUUGGCAGCUUUUAUAAUGUUUCGUUAAAACUGAGCUAUGCAAGUUCAUUAAUUUCUGCAAUGUGAUCAUAUUUUAGGGAAUUAUAAACAAAAAC